UCGGCGGGCACCGCGGGGGUGGCUGCUGCCGCCGGCUGCUCGGGGGUUGGCGGGGUUUUGGUGAGGGUUUUUUCCUCCCGCUCUCUGACCGUGGGAGUUUGAAAGCAUGGCGGAGGCGGAAUGGGAGUGUGCGUGGGUGUGUGUUGGAGGUCCACGCGUGGUUCUCCCGGGGCUCGCCGCGGUGAGGAUGCGGGUUGCUGGCGGGCUGCCCCGGGCGUCCCGCGGAGGGUCGGGGGCUGCGGCGGGUUCGCUUGGUCCUGCCCCCGAGGGGCAGAGCUGCGAGCAGCGCUUCCAGCACUCAUGGCAAAGCCAUUAGCUCAGCCCGGCUGCGGAGGGGCCCCGAGGAGGACAAACGCAUCGGACUCCGCUGCGGGGGACGACAAGAUAAGCCAUGUGCACUGCCCUGAGCCCGAAGGCACGUGGGCCUGGCCUCUCCGACAUGCAUCAGUACAGUCAGUGGCUUGCAAGUAGACACGAGGCCAACUUGCUGCCAAUGAAAGAGGAUUUGGCCCUCUGGCUCACAAACCUGCUGGGUAGAGAAAUAACAGCAGAAACCUUUAUGGAGAAAUUGGAUAAUGGUGCCUUGCUUUGCCGGUUAGCUGAGACCCUGCAGGAGAAAUUUAAAGAAAACAGCUUUGAUGCAAACAAGCCUGGCAAAACCUUACCAGUUCGGAAAAUUCCAUGCAAAGCCAAUGCUCCGUCAGGGUCUUUUUUUGCACGGGACAACACUGCAAAUUUCUUAUCUUGGUGCAGAGAUGUAGGUGUGGAUGAUACCUGCCUGUUUGAAUCAGAAGGUUUGGGAAGCAAUAAUUCAGCAAAGGAUCUGGAACCAGUGAAUAUUCUGCAUCUCUUCCAUGAUAAAGUCUACCCAGCAAGAAAAGGGUUUGCCACUGAGUGUGCCAGCAUGCUGAUAUGUCAUCUGUUUUGGGAGUUGUUGGAUGCUGUUGAUGGUAUGGUAUUUUUUCUUCAUGCAUUUGAGUUAGUACUCCAUAAGCAGCCAAGAGAAGUGUGCCUUUGUUUGCUGGAACUUGGAAGAAUUGCAGCAAGGUGUGGGGUAGAACCUCCUGGAUUAAUAAAACUGGAAAAAGAGAUUGAACAAGAGGAAACACUUUCAGCUCCCCUUCCAUCUCCUUCACCAUCACCCACAAAGUCUCCUGGGAAAAAGAGCACUGGGAAACUGUUGGAUGAUGCUGUUAAACACAUUUCUGAAGAUCCACCUUGUAAAUGCCCUAAUAAGUUCUGUGUGGAGCGUCUUUCACAGGGAAGAUACAGAGUUGGAGAGAAGAUCCUUUUUAUUAGGAUGCUGCACAACAAACACGUGAUGGUUCGUGUUGGAGGAGGCUGGGAGACUUUUGCAGGUUACUUGCUGAAGCACGACCCGUGCCGAAUGCUUCAGAUCUCCCGAGUAGAUGGGAAAACAUCUCCAAUCCAGAGCAAGUCUCCAAACAUCAGGGACAUGAAUCCAGACAAUUACCUGGUUGUUUCUGCCCAUUACAAAACCAAGAAGGAAAUUAAGUGAAAUAAGCUUCUCAUGUGAGUGGGACUUCAUGUAUGUAGGUCCAAAUUAUUCUCCCAAGUGUAGUGAAUUCAGUUAGUGCUUUAAAAGACUUCGGAAAACUUAACACAAACUGGAAAUGACACCCCAUUCAUCUUUGAAUUUAGAACUAUUUAUUUCUAGUACUGUAUCUUUCAUAGCAAAUUACCCUUGAUAGGCAAAUUACUACAAUCGGAUAAUAAAUAGACAUAUCUUUUUAGCCAAAUUAUUAAUCUUUAUUAUGUGAAUGUAUACUUAGAGCUACAUAAAGGAGUGGAUCCUGUUAAUAGGAGAAAAUACACAAUGAAAUAUAUUUGUACCAAAAUCUUAUUACUUCGAAUCCCUGACUGUUAGUCUAGUUGAAAUAUAUAUAGGCAGGUGGAAGAUGGGUAUUUGGAGAAAUUAUUUGGUAAUGUUUCUUGAAAUGAAAUAAAAAUUGACUAUAUUUGUAUGUUUUGCAAUCUUUUCUUAAUUAGUAGAAUAUAAUGGCUUAUUGCAUGCCAAACAACUUCUCAAAGCCAUUACUUAAAAGAAAAGAAAAAGCUCAAGAAACCCCUUCACACCAUUUUACUAUUUAAAGCUGAAGACAAUGCUGAGUGUUCGAUCUAUGUGUAGAUCCUUCCUGUUUUUCACAAAGCUGCCCAGUAUGGAAGCAUGGGGAAGAGGAGAGAUUGCCCCUUCCUGUGUCAGACACUAGAGCUGGUUGGUCAUACCAGGUGAUGUUCUGCAGCCCACAAGGGAAGCAGUGACAGGUGCACAGCCCUCAGAUCCAAGGAGGAGCUUCAGAAAAUGCAAGUCCCUCCGGAGUCACGAAACAUGGCUCUGUUCUUGGAUAUGAGCUUUUCCUUCCCCUUCUUUUUAAUGUUGUUGGUUAUUGUUAAAUGUGAAAUAUUCAUUACCCUGUAAAUAGAGUGAUUUGCAUUCUCAAAAAUCAUUCACACACCUCUAAUAUAGCUGAAGGUGUAUGUGGGCUUAGUUCAUUAUUUUGGCUACUUUUCUAUGUUUAUAUUUGGUAAUUUAUGUGCCUUGUAACAUCCUAGAAAAAUCAUUUUAUAGGAUUGUUUCACUGACUGUAUAAAUUUAAAAAUGAAAUAAAAUUUUUAAAAUACAUUUUGAAUCUCUUAUUAUUUGUAAUCACUCAUCUCUACUUUGCUGUUACUGACUGGAUGCCUACAAUGCACAGCAUUGCUUGCUGCCCUAAUAAUGAGCUGCACAAAGAACGGGGCAAACAGAUAACACAGAAAUACCCAUAUCUUUUGAAAACUAAUUUUUCUUUGCAGGGAAAAAAAAAGCAAAAGCAUCCUGGAAAUAUUUUUUUUAGUCCUGACUAGAAUUUUUCUCUAUUUUCUGAUGUUAAAUUUUUUUAAAUGGUCUUAUGAUCUGCUCCUGUGGUCUUUAAAAUUAACAGGAAAAUGUCUGUGGGCUAGGAAGGCUCAAGACCAUCUUUCGUGUUCCAUGCCUUAUUAAAAUCAGCAUGUUGUAUCUCACUUCUGUGGGAAAGGCCUACCUCGCCAUCUAAAAAUACCUGCUGAAUACAAACAGUUCACAAUUGCUUGGUGCAGCAGACAAAGCAACAGGACAUAAUUCCAAAGUUACAGCCUUUUAUUCUUAUUUUAAAACACUUUCUAGGAAGAUUAAACACAUUCAGCAAUAAAUCUUUUGAAGAGCCAUGGGAAGUCUCAAUUGCCAUAGAAGUUGUCAUAUGUCCUCCAUAAGGGGGCAGAAAGCAGACCACAAGCAACAUCAUUUUAUAGAAUAUGUAGCAUUGCUGAAAAAAAUCAUGAUCUUAAUAUAAGCACUGAGAGAUCUGUUUUCAAAUGAAAAGGGAAGGAAAAAAAAUCCCUCAUGAAAAUGUGAGAUGUUUAUUUAGAAAUAAUGGCUAGGUUUUUAAACAUAAUUAGUUGGAUUUCACAGAAUCACUGAGGUUGAAAAGACUUCCAAGAUCUUCAAGUUCAAUCUUUAUUUCCAUCAUCCGAGACUAAGUUUGUGUUGUUAUUAUGAUGUUGGUUUUUCAAAUAUUUGAAGUUGUUUACAUAUUAGUAAAUCAGAG